UCGAUAACUGGCGCAGGACAACGGUCUAACGGGAGUGAAAUAGAGAACGGGAAAUCGGGAGAGCGGUACAGGAAGUGGCGAAUUUACUUUCAGAGAGCGAGGAAAUUUUUACCAGUGCGGACGUAGGACGAGCUCAAUCAGGCUUUUUUAUUUAUUUUACCAGAUAGCUGAACACAACUGAAAAGGCAGUUAUUGGCAAGACUAACGAAUAUUUUAGCUACCACCCUUACAAUUCAUACCUCACUGCGGAAAGUAAAUUUGAGCUGGAAAAGAAGAACUACUAAUAGGAAUUUCUAGACCGAAAAACAAGACCAACAGCAAAAGCAAAGCGACCAUAAAUACAUAGUAUGAAUGUCGCCUAAAUAUCAUAAUUUCGAGAUUGCACUGGUCUACUUUCUGCUGCUGAUACCAUGGCCACCCACGAAUGUGAUCAGAAUCCUUUGCUCGCGAGAUAACAGCCGACUGGUGCGCAAAAUAGUGCGCUCCAAAUGGACUCCCAUUCUGGACAAGCAUCAGGUGAAGCUGCCCCUGGAGUGCCCGCUGCAUCCGUUCCGGGAUGUUUUUGCCCCCCGGCAGGAUGCCAAGCAGAGGGAUCGACCUACUCAGUGGACGUGCAGGAAAUGUGGGAAGAGCUUCUACCAGGAGAAGCACCUGGACUUACAUUUCGACACGCGCCACAAGAGCAUCAUCAAUCAGGCGGAGGAUGCCGUUUGCCUGGCCGACUUCUGCGACAUCAUGCGGUGUGAGGUCUUCGAAACGGAGGACGCGUCCAGCCUGAAGUUUGGUGACCAGCACAUUGUCACGGACAUCGAGGUCUGGGGCGACUCCCUGGGUCAGAAUUCCGCGUUGGCCAAAGCGAAUGCUGCCUACUUGAGCUUAAUACCUAGAACUUCCACAUUGGGUGCCUCGCGUGCCGCCAAAGUACAAAACCGUCAAUUACUUCAAGACAAGCCAAGCCAGGCCAGCAAGCAGAAUCAGUCACCGGCAGGUGAGCGAACACAUCCCCAAUCCCACCACCAUCCCCGAGAUCGUGCAUCCACCACAGCCAAUCCCCUUCGCCUAGAUCCAUCGCCGGAGGACGGGUCGGCGGCUAGGCCGAGAUCGGCGGGCGAGAAGCUGCUUAACAAGCUCAAGGAGCUGGGGAAGGCGCACCUAAAGCCGGCAGCGGAUCCGGAGGCCAGCAGGCAGAACGAGACGGGCGAGGAGGAGGACGAGCAGGGGAGUGGACAACCCGAGGGCAGUGGCCAGUCCGCCGAUGAGGUCAAAACGGAGGAGGGAUCGGGUGUUAAUGGUAACGGAAACAAGGCCAGAGCCAAUUGCAAGCCGGAGGAGUUGAGUAAGCUGAAGAACCGCUGCGAGAUGCUGCUAAGGAGCUGCAUCGGAGGACUGCUAUUGUCCAUGUCGGAUCAGGCCUUCAAGGAGAUGGAAGAUGAAAUGAACAAGGCGGUGUGCUGGUACUUGACUUGUGAUCGUUACUGGGAGGAUGGACCCUUGGAGCCCCGAGCCUUCCCCUGGGGUCUAAUCGUGAUUCUGAUAUUCGUGCUAUCCACUGGGAUCUGUUUUUGCUACUACAUUAUCUGGAUCCUGUUCGAUCACCUGUUUCAGCUCCGAAGAAACGACAAUCAACGCGAACCACUACUACGGCCAGGGAUCCAUCGGCGCCGGCGGGAGCAUCUACAUGCCAGGAGCAGCAGCGGGUCAUCACUACCAUGUGGACUAUGCCACGCGGCACGACCUCGACCUGGACGCCGGCGGGAUAGCUGGUCAGCAGCAGCAACAGCAGCACCUGCUUCAGGAGCAGCAGUACUAUUACCAACAGCAGCAGCAACAGCAGCAGCAGCACCAGGCGGCAUCCGUUCGGGAUUUGUACCCGGAGCAGGUGCAGUAUCAUCGCCACAGUCCGCGGCACUACAUCGCCGAUCAGCGUCCGGUGGGGCCAACAGUGGGCACACCCACCCAAGGGGCCGUUCGCAGCAGCUCCUCCAACGCCAACACGCCGUUGCACCAUCGGGUGCAGCAUUCGGGACAGCAUCCCCACCUGCAACAUCGUCACUCGACGAGCCUGGCCUACCCACAGGACAUUUUAGACCGACGCGACUAUACAAGUAGCUCCUCUCGCCCGAUUGCCACCAAUAUAGUGGCUGGAUCAGGAUCGGGACAGGGCGCUGGAGCUCCUGGCGAUACACAGCGCCACUACAACACGCAUCCGCGGCCGCUGGAAACGAGGCAUCGCCAUGUGGGCUCCUCGCAGCAAUCCCUUCGUGCCUCCGCCUCCACGCACGAGAUUGUGCAGCAGGAGGCGGGUCUGGGUCAGAACGAGCACUACAUAUACGUGACCUAUCCGCCGGACCUCAAGAAGCGCUACUUCGAGUGAUGAUCUGGGUCUGGGCUGGGUGCGGGCACUGAGGAUCGUAUGAUGACCGGAGACGGAGGAGGUCGGCAGACCGGCAGAUGGAGAGACCAAAGGGCCUUCAAAAGGAGGUCCAGGAAACGAUACCAAAGCCAGAGUUCAACCACAGUUGAUCAUAUUAUGAGGAUGUUGAAUGACAGAGGAGGACUGGUCGCCAACAUAAGCCCAAAAGUUGGAUUUUUACUUUUAGCCUGCAAAUUCUAGAUUUGUGAACUGUGCUAUUCUUUUUUAAUUCUACAAAAUAAAUUGCAAUAUUUCUGUACAAUAGAAAAGAAGGAGAUAGUCCAUUCCUUACCUUUUUGGUAACGCUUUAACCAAACUCCCAUAAAAAGCAUUAAAGCCAAGGCUCAUCGAAUAACAUUUACAUAAAACAUU